AGCACAUUUAGUGUAUUUUAGAAAUGGGCGACCCAAUCUCUUUUUCUGUUGAGGAUAUGGAGAAGCGACGCCGCCGCGCCAGCGCUGCUCGAAAGGCUUCGAUUGUGCGUCCUCCUUCGCCGCCACAAAUAGAAUCCGAGUCCUUGGCUGUCAUCAAUGAAAUAUUUAACCCAACUUAUAUAAAACCAGUUACCAAAGGUCCCUAUCGCGCUCCCGAUGAAGUGUCUGCCGAUGACUUUGAAGCUAUGAAGGAUUUAGAUAUUAGCAAAGUGGCUGAAUUGAAGGAAGUUUUUCUGCUGCUCGACCUGGACAGCGAUGGUUUGAUAUCGAAGGAUGAUUUACGUUUCACUUUCACAGCGCUUGGCACAGACACACCUGACGAGCAGAUCGAAGAAAUGUUAAAAGAGGCAAAGGAUCCUUUGGAUUACGAAGCUUUUAUCGAAUUGAUGAGCCACCGCACCGUGGAGUUGGAUCCUGAGGACGUGUUAUUGGAAGCCUGGAGUAAAUGGGAUGAUUAUGGCACAGGCAAAAUAGAGGAGAAAAAGUGA